UCUUUCAAUACUUUAUUAAUUAUUACCCGAAAGGUAAAUAUAUUUUUCUGUUUCCUAGAAUAAUAAAGAAUUUAAGAUGGCUGAUGGUGAAAAGUUAAGACGUAAGAUGAUUUUUCCAUAUACAUUCACAUCAAAGGUUGUACAGUUUCCCUUCAAACUACACUUCAAGAAACAUUGGAUGUUCCCAUGGUUCAUUGGAGCAAGUGUAAUUGUUUCACCCAUAUUUUAUCUUCUUCAGAAAGCUGCCAACUCUGAAGCUAAUGUUAAGUUAUGGGCCGAGAAAAGGAGGAAAGAAGAGGAACAUUACAAACAUAAGUGGGGUUAGACAAGAUUGUCUAACCCUUAAUCAAACAUGCAUUAUUAAAUCUAUAAUCUGGUUUGUAUUUUGAUACUCGUCAUAUAUUUUAUAAGUUAUUACCUAAUACCUACCUUAUAAUAGUUAUA